AAAUUCCUUGUCAUUUUUUGUUCUCGUAGUAUUCCAGGAGAUUUUGGAUUCGACCCACUUGGAUUAGGAUCUGAUCCGGAACUGCUGAAAUGGUUUGCACAAGCUGAGCUAAUACACAGCAGAUGGGCAAUGCUUGCUGUGUCUGGAAUUCUAAUUCCAGAAUGGCUAGAAAGUCUGGGGUUUAUUGAAAAGUUCUCUUGGUACGAUGCAGUAGCACAAGAAUACUUCGCAGAUUCCACAACUCUGUUUGUGGUGCAAUUGGGGCUAAUGGGUUGGGUUGAAGGACGGAGAUGGGCAGACAUAAUAAAACCAGGGUGCGUGGAUAUAGAACCGAGUUUUCCACAUAAGAAGAAGCCAGAGGUCAAUGUUGGCUAUCCAGGCGGGCUUUGGUUCGACCCUUUGAUGUGGGGUAGAGGGUCACCGGAGCCAGUGAUGGUUCUUAGGACUAAAGAGAUCAAGAAUGGUCGGCUUGCCAUGCUUGCAUUCAUUGGGUUUGUUUUUCAGGAAAUUUAUACAGGACAAGUCCCUUUAGAGAAUCUUUCAGCUCAUAUUGUUGAUCCAGGACACUACAAUGUCUUCUCGGCUUUCACAUCGCAUGCUCUGCAGUAA